AUGCAAGCGACGACGUAUGAAGAGAGUGAAGCGAUCUGGACCAAGGCGAUAGAGCUCUCGCCCGAGGGUUCGCGCGCGCGGAGUGCGGCGUUUUCGAACCGUGGCACGCUUCGACUGCAGUAUCAGGAAUGGCAGGGCGCGGUGGACGAUCUCCAAGCAAGCGUAGACCUCGACGGGAAUAAUCCCGAUCCGCUGUCGUUGAAUAAUCUCGGCAACGCCAAGGGCGCGCUCAAUCAGUGGGACUCCGCGAUGGCAGAUUUUCUGGAAGCGUCGAGGACGGAGGACAUGCGAGCCAUCGCGCUGGCAAACUACGCGUUGGCGGCGUUUCAGACCGAGCGCGAUGAUUUGGCGAUAACCACGGCUCGAAAGCUUUUGAGAAGAGAUCCAGAAUUUUUAGACAUGCGCGCCGCUUUAUCGGCGUUCCUUUGGAGUGAAGGUCGUUUCGACGACGCCGAGGCGGAGUGGACUUUUCUGUACGCCGGUUUAGACACGCCGUGUCGGCUGUACAAGACGACCGACACGGUGGCCAACCGCUGGCCUCCGCGCGCCACCGCCGCGUUGGAUGCCUUCUUACGCGUCCGAGGCGACGGCCAAGCACUCGAUUACGACGGUCGCGUGAAGACGUUCAAUUUUAGGCAUUAA